ACAUCUGGUUUAUUUGAUAAGAAACCUGAACUUUACAAGACAGAAAUGUGUCGAAAUUGGCAAGAAAUGGGACAAUGCAGAUAUGCGAAAAAGUGUUGUUUUGCUCAUGGUAUCAAGGAAUUACGAGCAGUUCAACGACAUGUUCGAUAUAAGACACAGAUUUGUCGGACCUACCAUUUGACAGGGACAUGUUUAUAUGGAGUACGAUGUACAUUUAUUCAU